AUGAUGGCUGAUUUAAAGGAGAAUGAUUUUAGAAGAAAUAAAAAAGCUAUUAAUUAUGUACCAGUUGAUCGUGCUGUGGAUGUAAUAUUUGAUGAAGAUAAAGAAAAUACUGAAUAUUAUAGUUUGACAGAACAAAUGGAUGAUGAUGUUGUUGUUUCUUAUGAUGGAUCUGCUUUAUGUAAAUUUGAAACAUGGGCUGAAUGUGAAUUUGAAUCAAAAUUAAUAAAAAAUAUUAAUAAAUGUGGUUAUUGUCGUCCAAGAAAAAUUCAAGCAUAUACUAUGCCAUUUGUCAUAACAAAAAUAGAUGUUAAAUCACAAGCUGAAACAGGAUCUGGUAAAACAGCAGCAUUCCUUUUACCUAUUAUUGAUACAAUAUUAAAAGAGAAUUAUGAACGUGAAGUUAGAUCACCUUUUGCUGUUAUCAUAUCACCGACACGUGAACUUGCUUUACAAACACAUGAACAGGCUAGAAAAUUUACUAUUGACACAGGUGUAACAGCUGCUAAAGCUUAUGGUCAAUAUUCAAUAAAGGAAAAUCUUGCCGAACUUGAUAGAGGUUGUGAUAUCAUUUCAGCAACACCUGGACGUUUAAAACACCUUGUUGAACAGGGUGAAUUAAAUCUUGAAAAUUUAAAAUUUUUUGUACUUGAUGAGGCUGAUGAAUUGAUUAAUGGUAACUUUAUUAAUAUUUUACGAUCAAUUGUUAGUAUGGGUAAUUGUCCUGAUAAAGAAAAUAGAACAAAUUUACUUUUCUCUGCAACAUUCUCACCAACUGUAGAUGAUUUAUGUAAAGAACUUCUAAAAGACGAUUAUGCUGUUAUUAUUAAUUCAAAAUGUAAUCAGGUUAACAAAAGGAUUAUUCAUAAAUUUAUAAAAGUUUCAAAAAAUGAAAAAAAUCAAAUAUUAAUUAAUAUUUUAAAAGAGGAGUUAGAAAAAUGUGAAAAAGAAUCAAAAAAACUUCCUAGAACAUUAGUUUUUGUUGAAAAAAAACGUCAUGCUGAUAUGUUAGCUAUAGCUUUGGUUGAUGAAAAAAUAAAUGCUGUAUCAUUAAAUGGUGAUAGACCACAAAAUAUUAGAGAAGAGGCAUUAAAUAAUUUUAGAAGUCACAAAGUUGAUGUUCUUGUAGCAACUGAUGUAUGUGCACGUGGUCUUGAUAUUAAAGAAUUAGAUCAUGUUAUUAAUGUAGAUCUACCAUCUAAUUAUUAUACUUUUGUUCAUAGAGUUGGAAGAACAGGAAGAUUCCGUGUAGGUAAAGCUACAUCAUUCUAUGAUCCCAAUGAAAAUGGUGCUCAUAAAGAAGAAUAUAAACAAACAUUUAUUGCUAAUGGGCAAGAUAUUCCAGAUUUUUUAUCAAAUGAUGAAGAAAGAAAAGUUUAUAACACAUAA